AUGGAUGGUACAGUCUUUUGCCAUCUGUACGUGGUCAGAGCCCUCACAAGCGGCAGAGCUCGGAAACAGCCUCUGUCAGAUCGAAGCGAGACCAGGAAAAGAUGUAAGACCGAUGCGUCCGCGAAAAUCGUGGGGACGUGCCCGGGAAGUCACAAAAUUACGCAGCCGCGAAAACUUGAAAGCUAUGCUUUUGGAAAAUGGUAG